CAGUAAAGGAAAUGAAAAAGGAAAUAAUAGCGUGUCUUGAUAAAUUUGAACAUGACCUGGAAGUUGACGCUAUGACCUAUAAGAAAACAAAUGAGGAUAAAAUGAUUAAAUUGAAAUCGGAAUUGGACCAUCUUCAGACGGAUACACUAAAAACUGACAUUUUGAUAAGCAAACUGAAAAGGGACAAGAAAUACAACUUGCUCUUCGUCGAAGGAAAACGUGCAGCGGAACGUAUUUUAGAUUAUCAUGAGAGAAUAUACGAGAUCUCGACAAGAAAUUGUAUCAAGGACAUGAUAUACAUUCCAACAACAAAAUUAGAUACCAUUCUUACAAGAGAAAACAUGUUUGGGACUGUAGUAGAACUGGAGAAUGAAUUAGAUCCCUGCAAUUCUACAGAAUAUUUGGAAAGUAGUGAACUUGGUCAAAUAAAUAUCAAGUCAGAAACUGACAAGAAAACGUGUUAUGCUAUAGGCCUUGCAUUCUUAUCGACUGAACAGCUGGCUGUUGCAGACAAAGCGAACAAAAAUUUGAAAAUAGUAGAUGUUAGCUACGACAGAAUAGUUUCUGAAAUCAAGUUAUCCUCGAGUCCACGCGAUGUGACGUUCAUCCCGCCCGACCAGCUCGCCGUGACAUUUGGAGACGAAGAAAGGAUACAACUGUUAUCUACGGCUAAAGGACUGAAGAAAGCGGAACAAAUUAGGACCGUCGGAAAGUGUCGGGGUAUUAAGUAUGAUGACGGAAAGUUAAUAGUAGUAUAUGACACCAAAACGCGGGCGAAAAUUAAAAUAUUAAGCCUGAACGGUGAAGUUCUUUGCAAAUUUCAGUCAAAUGGAUCAGGAACAGUCUUAGUCAAUGAACCAAAAUAUAUAGGUUUGAGCCCAGACCACAAUCAUAUGUACGUUACUGAUAUUUCAAAGAUGUGUAUUUUGCGUCUUUCUAGAUUGGGGAAUGUCCAGGGCACAUUCGGGCGGGAUAGAUUUAUUGGUGUCGCUGUAAGCGCAGGCGGCUCUGUGUAUGCCUGCUCAAAAUCUGGUAAUACAGUUUAUCAGUUGUCUGAUGACCUGUCAAAAGUUCAAACGGUUUUGACCACGGAUAAUGGAAUAAAAGAACCGAUAGCUCUGUCAGUUUCAAAUGCAAAGAACAUGUUGUACGUAAGCUGUGGAAGUACCGAUGCUAAUGUCUCCAACAAACUUCACGUGUUCAAAAUCAAACUUGAAACAGAGGCACUCGCUUAGAUCUAUUUAAACAUCUGUGAUUAGCAUUAUUGGUAUGCGAAAAGCUGGUUUUUAAAUUCUAGAAUAAGUAGAACUUAAAUGUAUAUAUAUAUACCAAUAAUGCUAAUCAAAUACUAUGUAAAAUCUUUUUGGAAAUUCUUUAGAAGCUUAAAGCGCAACCAAUCAAAAUUAAAAUAGAUUCAGUUUAGAAGUUCUAGAAGGUUAUAAGAAAUGCAACUCAAUAAAUACAGGAUAUUAUCGAUUUGAAAGUCUUGAACUCCAUGAUAUUAUUUCUGGUCCUAUAAGCCUAUUAAAGGCCUAGAUCUUGGCAGCGGGGCCAGAGAUUCUGUCUUCAUCAGCACAGAUGAGGGCUAAUGACUAUCACAAUUUAUGGCUCCAAUAACCAAGGGACAUUGUUUAUUGGUCAGCCAGUCUACCUUACAAGUGUAUCAGUUAGUGAGAAGGGGAAACAGUGUAUUUUCUUUAAUAAAUUAUGUGAUCACUUUUAAAGUUCUACCUAUUUUCCUAUUUUGUGGCAUUUUUUGAAAACAAAAAUGUUCGUUGAUCAAACAUAAUAACAACAACAUAAUAAGAAAAUUAUUUUAGAAAAAAAACAAGGUUUUUAUUUUUUCAAGUUCUGUUUGGAGAUGUGUGAUGUUUUAGAUAAAAUAUGAUUUUCUCGCAUCUAAAAGUUUUGUUUUAAUUCUAGCAGAAUAUUGUAAAUAAAAUUUGUCUAAGAUUGAAAACCGAAUGUUCAUUUCAAAGUUAUAAAGUAAAGCAUGUUUUUUUGAAAUUGAAAAUUCAGUAUAGAUGGAACAAAAUAAUCUGAUUUUACCCAGUAAUAUUCUAUUCCAAUAACGGUGAUUGCAUGUAUAUGAGAAAAUCAAUUGCCCAUUCUUU